AUUAAGAAAACUAUCCUGUGUGCAUUAUGGGUUUGACAGAGUGGCACACAGGCUACUUCCGCGGACGUGGUGACUAGACAGCCUUACAAAAGGUUACAUGUUUAGAUGAGCUGUCAAACCGCCAGAUAACUGUACUUCCAGAUAACUUCUUGGUGCAACAGUUGUGUUGAAGUUCCUCAUCUGAGCUCAGACACCCAGCAUGGCGGUGCAAGGUGUUUUCCACUGGAUGCAAGCCUGCGUAGUGCUGCUGCUCUGCUUAUCUGAAGCCCUGCAUGCUGCCUCGGAGUCGAGCAGAAAUUACUAUGAUACCCUCAAAGUUGAGCCAACAGCAACUGACAGUCAGAUAAAGAAGGCUUUCCGCAAACUGGCCGUGAAAUACCACCCAGAUAAGAACAAGAGCGCCGAUGCAGAGAAGACUUUCAGAGAGAUUGCUGAAGCCUACACAGUGCUCUCCAACAAGGAGAAGAGGAGGCUGUAUGACAGUGUGGGCCACAAGGCUUUCCUAAAAAAUGACGACUCUGUUGACCCUGAUGACGAACAUGAGACAAGGUUCCCCUUCGGUUUUGAGGACCUCUUCCAUGACUUCGACGAUAGUCCCUUUAUGGAGGAUCAAUACUUCCACUGGAGCUUUGAUCAGGAUGAGGAAGAUGGUCCAUAUGAACAUUACAGUUUUGAAGAGCCUGGUUUCAGCUUUUAUUUUGGGGAUGGGGAUGAAAAUGAAGAAGACCUCUACUACUAGUUUCCAGUAUCUUUGUCCUGUCUCCUGUAUGACUGUUUUAAUUUAUUGUCUUUUAUUGAUAAUAAAGUCUCCAUAUUAAGAUUGG